AUGCUGAAGAUCCAGAUGCAGGAGACAACUGGGAAACUAGAGAGGCCACACCAGGACUGCAGCUCAGACCGCAUCCCUGAGCAGUGCGGCCUCCUGACUUCCAUCCACCACUCCUGGCCCUGUCCCCAGAAGCUGCUGCUACCUCUGGGCAACACUGGUUCUCCAGUGCCCCCGCCUCUUGCACUACUUGAUCUAGAUUCGGAAACCUACGGGUUAAGAGGUCACCCUGGCCAUGCCGGGGCCAGGGGCCUACCCUCCAGCUUUGGUGGUCAGGAGGCGACUAGACUUUCUGGCUUCUGUAUUUGUAACUAUACAAAUACACAAAAGGAACCCAGAAGCCCGGAAAGACUGGCACGUGACCGAGAAACUUUGGCGGGCGGCGGCAGCGCGGGCGGCGGCGCGGCGGUCGAGCUCCCCCGCGCGGCGAGCUCUGCUGCGGGGAGGCGCUCGCCCCGCGUCGCGCAGCCUGUGCGUGCGGGAACGGCCCCCGCAGCCCAAGCGGACCCUGGAGCCGGCGGCAGCGCGCCUAUCGCAGGCGGCGGCGUCCAGCGCCCGGGGCCGGGCUGCGCGGCCAGCCCCGAGGGCUGCGGCGCCAGGGACGCGCGGGGCCCGCGCUCCACCGCCGCCUGCUGCCUCGAGGUCAUCAGGAUCCUAGAGUGCCAGCCUCUGCCCGCUUUCCCUACCCUGGAUCUGGAUGGGAAGUUGGGGAAGAUGGAUAGGGUCGUGUUGGGGUGGACCGCUGUCUUCUGGUUAACAGCCAUGGUUGAAGGCCUUCAGGUCACAGUGCCUGACAAGAAGAAGGUGGCCAUGCUCUUCCAGCCCACUGUGCUUCGCUGCCACUUCUCCACGUCCUCCCACCAGCCUGCGGUGGUGCAAUGGAAGUUCAAAUCCUACUGCCAGGAUCGCAUGGGAGAAUCCUUGGGCAUGUCUUCUCCCAGAGCCCAAGCUCUCAGCAAGAGGAACCUAGAAUGGGACCCCUACUUGGAUUGUUUAGACAGCAGAAGGACCGUCCGAGUGGUAGCUUCGAAACAGGGCUCGACUGUUACCUUGGGAGAUUUCUACAGGGGCAGAGAGAUCACGAUAGUUCAUGAUGCAGAUCUUCAGAUUGGAAAGCUCAUGUGGGGAGACAGCGGGCUCUACUACUGUAUCAUCACCACCCCUGAUGACCUGGAAGGCAAAAAUGAGGACUCUGUGGAACUGCUGGUGUUGGGCAGGACAGGGCUGCUUGCUGAUCUCUUGCCCAGUUUUGCUGUGGAGAUUAUGCCAGAGUGGGUGUUUGUCGGCCUGGUGAUCCUGGGGAUCUUCCUGUUCUUCGUGCUGGUGGGGAUCUGCUGGUGCCAAUGCUGCCCUCACAGUUGCUGCUGCUAUGUCCGCUGCCCGUGCUGCCCCGAUUCCUGCUGCUGCCCUCAGGCCUUGUAUGAAGCAGGGAAAGCAGCCAAGGCCGGGUACCCUCCCUCUGUCUCCGGUGUCCCUGGCCCCUACUCCAUUCCCUCUGUCCCUUUGGGAGGAGCCCCCUCUUCUGGCAUGCUGAUGGACAAGCCGCAUCCACCUCCCUUGGCACCAAGUGAUUCCACUGGAGGAAGCCAUAGUGUUCGCAAAGGUUACCGGAUCCAAGCUGACAAGGAGAGAGACUCCAUGAAGGUCCUGUACUAUGUGGAGAAGGAGCUGGCUCAGUUUGAUCCAGCCAGAAGGAUGAGAGGCAGAUAUAACAACACCAUCUCAGAACUCAGCUCCCUGCAUGAUGAUGACAGCAAUUUCCGCCAGGCUUACCACCAGAUGCGGAAUAAGCAGUUCCCUAUGUCUGGGGACUUGGAGAGCAAUCCGGACUACUGGUCAGGUGUCAUGGGAGGCAACAGUGGUACCAACAGGGGGCCAGCCCUGGAGUAUAACAAAGAGGAUCGUGAGAGCUUCAGGCACAGCCAGCCGCGCUCGAAAUCCGAGAUGCUGUCGCGGAAGAACUUUGCCACGGGCGUGCCAGCAGUGUCGAUGGACGAACUGGCAGCCUUCGCAGACUCCUACGGCCAGAGGUCGCGGCGCGCCAGUGGCAACAGCCACGAGGCGCGGGCGGGGAGCCGCUUCGAGCGCUCGGAGUCGCGGGCCCACGGUGCCUUCUACCAGGACGGCUCGCUGGAUGAGUACUACGGACGCGGGCGCAAUCGCGAGCCGCCGGGAGACGGAGAGCGUGGCUGGACCUACAGCCCAGCACCCGCACGCCGCCGGCCGCCGGAGGAUGCGCCUCUGCCGCGCCUGGUGAGCCGGACCCCGGGCACCGCGCCCAAGUACGAUCAUUCGUAUCUGAGCAGCGUGCUGGAGCGCCAGGCGCGGCCGGAGAGCAGCAGCCGCGGGGGCAGCCUUGAGACGCCGUCCAAGCUGGGCGCGCAGCUCGGCCCGCGCAGCGCAUCCUACUACGCCUGGUCGCCGCCAGCCACCUACAAGGCUGGGGCCAGCGAGGGCGAAGACGAGGACGACGCGGCGGACGAGGAUGCCCUGCCACCCUACAGCGAGCUGGAGCUUAACCGCGGGGAGCUGAGCCGGGGACCGUCCUACCGCGGCCGUGACCUGUCCUUCCACAGCAACUCAGAGAAGAGGAGGAAAAAGGAGCCCGCCAAGAAAUCUGGCGACUUUCCAACCAGGAUGUCCCUUGUAGUCUGAUACUUUUAAGACACCUCUCUGGAUGACUGGAAAUCAGAUGCAGACUAUGGAGACAAGACACAAAUCUGAGAGCCGGCAAGCCUAGGACCUUCUCUGGCCAGCAACCACCUUGGAAGCUUUGCUGAUCUCUGUUUUGGCAAGAGAGCCUCCUUUAAGAAGGCUGGUUUCAAAUCUUAGUGCCCAUCUAUCUUGAGGAACUUACCAGGAAAACACUGUGUGAGAACACACCAUGUAAUAACCCACCAAGUUUAUCUUGCCCC